AGAUUAAAUAAAUUAUUAUAGCCACUUUACACGAUGCAACUAAUUGCGCAAUUAAUUGCACAAUUUAUUGCAGCAAUAGAAAUUGCAUCGUGUCAUACGCGAAUUGCACAGAAAAGCUGCAACUUCUUGCAGCAAUUUCUUGCUGCAAGAAGUUGCAGCUAAAUAGAACAUGUCCUAUUUUUCAUGCAAUUUUUUCUGCAAUUUGGUUAUAUUUUUAGUAACUUUUAAGGCUACACUGUUUGUUUUGACAUUCUGUCAUCCUAAAUUUCAAACUAAACAAUUUUUGACAAAACUAGAGGAACUUUUUUUACCAAUUUCACGCUUCACAGAUAACAUUAUUCUGGUGGAUAACUUUAAUUAUGCAACAUAGGGAUUAAAGAAACUAUAUUCUAUUUUUAUUUCUUUUGUAUUUAACAACUUGCUUCCUUUUGUAAAUGAAUAAUGUAUCAUAGGUAUACUUGCAUUAGGUAUGAAUUUAUUUCGUUAUACAUAAUACACCCUUUCAGCACGUAGCCACACGAUUGUGUGGGUUUGUUUUGAAACGAUAUAAAACUGCUUAAUCGUAAAAUCUAGCGUUCAUUACGAACGACGAUGGUCGUGUAGGUUUAGUAUUGUGCUUUGCGCUACCCGACGCGAUUGUUAAGUUUAUUUUGUUUCGACAGUCACAGCUUGUCUUGCAAAAAUGGCGGGUCGUCAUUUCCGUAAGAAAUAUUUUGACUUUAACAAACCAGAAGAUGUCGAGGCAUUAAUGAACAUUAUAAAUUAUGAUUCAGAACUAGAAGGCCUUAGUGAUGACUCAGAUUCUGAUCUGACGUGGUGGAAGGAGCUAAAUAGCCUUCCCAAAAGCCUCGGAGACAGUGAUUUCUCGGAUUCUGACCAAGAAGAAGAUACUCGUGAGAAUUCCCUAAUUCCAAACAAAAACCCGCCUUUUCAAAAUGACACUGAGGUUCCUGGUCCUUCCGGUAUAAGUGCAGCUCCCGUAUUAGAUCAACCACAAACUACUGAAGACCUUAUUCAGCCUUAACUACAGCCAGAUUUUGCAGAAGAUCGGGUUGUAAAAGCAGAACCCGUGUUCGAUGUCUUAAGUGCAAUGUUUAUCUAUGUCUCACCAAAGACCAGAACUGUUUUUUGAAAUUCCAUACAAAAUAAUAAUGUGUUGUAAUGUAUUAGAUUUUUAUACCAUUUGCUUAAAAUAAAACCCAGCCUACACAAUUGUGUGGGUAUGUUAUUUCUAGA